AUGUCUGUACACUCCUCAUGUUCAUCAUCCUCCGGUUCCUCUGGGCAGCUGAUUCGGCUCCCGUCCUCUACGUCAAAGUGCUCAUUGAACACCUCUGAUCCGACUGAUGCUGAGACGGUGGCUGUUGAGAUGGCUGUUGCUGGGAUGGUUGCUGAUGAGGUGGUUGCUGCUGAAGUGAUGGCCGCUGUGAUGGAAGCCGCUGUGAUGAUGGCUGCUGAAAACGUGGCUGUUGAGAUAGUGGAUGCGGAAAUGGCUGCUGAUGAGAAGGCAGCUGCUGGGAUGGUUAGUGCCGAGAUGGUGGCUGCUGAUGUGGUGGAUGCCGAGGUGGUGGCUGCCGAAAUGGUGGAUGAUGAAAUGGUGGCUGCUGAGAUCGUCGCCGCUGAGAUGGUGACUGAUGUGAUAGUGGCUGCUGAGAUGGCAUCUGCUGCUCCUCCCUGCGUCCACUCCUCCUUAGCCUUCGCACUUCCAUCCUUGCCAUUCUAG